AUGAAGAGGCUUGGAAGCUCAGAUUCAUUGGGUGCUAUGAUUUCCAUCUGCCCAUCAACAGCAGAGGAACACAGUCCAAGAAACAACCAUGUUUACCGGAGAGAUUUGCAGUCCAUGUUGGAUGGCUUAGAUGAAGAAGGGUGCGUGGAAGAGGGUGGCCAUGUUUCCGAGAAGAAGAGAAGAUUAAGCGUUGAACAAGUGAAGGCCUUGGAGAAAAAUUUCGAGGUGGAGAACAAGCUUGAACCAGAAAGAAAAGUGAAGCUUGCCCAAGAACUUGGCCUCCAGCCAAGACAAGUUGCUGUGUGGUUCCAAAACCGCCGUGCUCGUUGGAAGACCAAGCAAUUGGAACGUGACUUUGGCGUUCUCAAGGCCAAUUAUGACUCUCUCAAGCUCAAUUAUGACAACCUCCAACAUGACAAUGAAGCUCUUGUGAAGGAGAUAAAGCAAUUGAAAUCAAAGUUGCAAGAGGAAAACACAGAGAGCAAUAAUCUGUCAGUGAAAGAAGAGCAAAUGGUGGCAAAAGAUCAAUCCAAUUACAAAGUGGUUGAUCAUGAGAAGAGCAAAUCCCCACCACCACCACCUCCUGGUUCCUCUGUUCCAGCAACAGAGUCCAAAGAGCUCAACUUUGAGAGCUUCAACAACACCAACAAUGGAGCAGUGGGCUUAGAAGCUGUCUCAUUGUUCCCAGAUUUCAAAGACGGGUCAUCAGACAGUGACUCAAGUGCAAUCUUGAACGAAGACAACAGUCCGAACUUGACCAUUUCUUCAUCUGGGAUGCUCCAAAACCACCAGCUCAUGAAGUCUCCGGCUUCCACUUCACUCAAAUUCAACUGCUCCUCCUCCUCCUCACCUUCCUCAUCAUCCAUGAAUUGCUUCCAGUUUCAGAAGACCUAUCAUCCUCAGUUUGUGAAGAUAGAGGAGCACAAUUUCUUCAGCAGUGAGGAGGCUUGCAGCUUCUUCUCAGAUGAGCAAGCACCUACACUUCAGUGGUGCUGCCCAGAUCAAUGGAACUAA